CGCCGGGCCAAGCGGUACCAUUUCACGGCAUUUCCUCGAGACUCGCGUCCACUUCUCCGGCCUCUGUGUGUAAAAUAAUCCUCCCACGUGCUCAAGCGUUGUGUCCACAUCCUUAUCGAAUUUCAAUUUCCUCGCAAGGAUAACCGAAAAACUAAAGUUGAAAAACAAAACCGUGAUUUGUUUCUAUUUAGCAAAUAAAGUCAAGGACCAUUAGAUAUCCACACAGUGGCCCAGCGUGAGCUAUGCCAACACAGAACAGCGCAAUGUGGGGCCAAAAAAGCAAUCGCAAGUUAAUUAUCGGCAUUUUCGGCUUCUGCCUGGGACUUUUUGGCAUAUUGUGCGGAAUGUUCUGGGUGGACCUGUUCGAUUGGAUCAUGCAGAAGGAAAUGGCUUUGGCCCCCGACACACGUGUCUACGACAACUGGAAGAGUCCACCAAUGGAUCUCAGUCUGGACAUCUAUCUGUACAACUGGACGAAUCCGGAGGAUUUCGGCAACUUCUCCACUAAGCCUAUUAUGGAGCAAGUGGGCCCCUAUCGAUUCACAGAGCGGCCCGAUAAGGUGGACCUCCACUGGCAUCCGGAGAAUGCAUCUGUUAGCUACCGCAGACGCAGCUUGUUCUACUUCGAUGCGGAGGGCAGUAAAGGAAGCCUGGACGAUGAGAUUACCACCCUUAAUGCUGUGGCUCUGUCCGCUGCCGCCACUGCCAAGCAUUGGCCAAAUGUCAAGCGCUCCAUGGUGGAUGUGGGCCUGAAGAUGUACAGCGCCGAAAUGUCCAUUCGAAAAUCGAUCGAUGAACUCCUUUUCACCGGCUACAACGACGCCAUGAUCGACGUGGCCCGUGCCAUGCCCAUUUUUGGAGAUGAAGUAAAAGUGCCCUUUGAUAAAUUUGGAUGGUUCUACACGCGCAAUGGAAGCGCCGAUCUCACUGGUGUCUUCAAUGUCUUCACGGGUGCCGAUCAUCUGUCCAAGCUGGGGCAGAUGCAUUCGUGGAACUAUCAGGAGAAUACUGGAUUUUUUGACUCUUAUUGUGGAAUGACAAAUGGUUCCGCUGGAGAAUUCCAGCCACAGCAUCUUAAGCCAGGUGAUAGUGUGGGACUAUUUACGCCGGAUAUGUGCCGCACGAUUCCGUUGGAUUACGUGGAAACCGUGGAUAUUGAAGGGUUGCAGGGUUACAAGUUCUCUGGUGGACCACGCUCCGUGGAUAAUGGCACCCUGUAUCCGGAUAACCUCUGCUUUUGCGGCGGCCAAUGUGUUCCUUCGGGAGUGAUGAACAUUAGUUCCUGCCGCUUUGGAUCUCCUGUGUUCAUGUCCUAUCCCCACUUCUUCAACGCAGAUCCCUACUACGUAGAUCAGGUGGAGGGAUUAAGUCCUAAGAAGGAGGAUCACGAGUUCUAUAUGGUGGUAGAGCCAAGUACAGGAAUUCCAUUGGAGGUGGCUGCCCGAUUCCAGGUUAACAUGCUGGUGGAGCCAAUUCAGGGGAUCAGUUUAUAUACAGGAAUUCCAAAGAUAUUUUUCCCUCUGAUAUGGUUUGAGCAAAAAGUGAGAAUCACUCCAGAAAUGGCUGACCAGUUGAAGGUGCUCCCCGUAGUCCGGAUCUCUGGACAAAUCUUUGCCGGAAUUUGCUUGGCCAUCGGAAUUUUACUGCUCUGCUGGACUCCAGUUUUGAAUCUGGUGGCCUCGUGUCGUAAUCGUAGAUACGAUCUGAAGACCAAAACCAAAACCAAUGGCCAGUACAAGAGUCGCUCCCAGUUCUCAAGUGCCGAGGAACUAAAGUCCAAGUCCUCGACUUUGGUCUGCGAGAAGAGUGUCAAAGGAUCUCCGGACAGUUCUCCGCUCUUGGAAAAGGGCAGGAAGCCAACCAUCAUUAAAUCCCAAACGGGUGAAAGUGUGGCCACCGCAUCCACGGCCAUCAGCGACAAUAAGCAGGAUUGAAGAAGGAUCCUCGUCACAUCCACGUCAUCUAGAUAGUUAAGCCGUCCUAGCGCUUUAGUCGUAGUUCCUAGUUUAGUGACACUCCAAAAAGAUCCCCGACUAAAAACUGCAAGCAUUCCCGUGCCUAUGCCAAAGAUUAGAUAGCCUCCGAAAUCGGUCCAAGUGCCGGCCUUCGCUUAGCUAACGAAUACUCUUUUUACAUUCCUUAGUUCUUAGUUAUGAUUUUUGUAUUAAAAUGUUCUCUUGACCAAAACUGUGCGUGUCAAAUAAAAUUUAUAACUAU